CGGUCCGGGAGCGGGCUCCACUGCGCGAGCUUCUCGCCUGUGCCCGCUCGGCGUCGCGGCUCAGGACCCGCCAUGCUCCGCAGGCUGGGCUGGCUGGUCCUGUACAGCCUCGCGGUGCUGCUGCUCAGCUGCCUGUUCUUCCUGAAGAAGGGGGCCCAGCCAGCCGGGGACCCCGGGGCCCACCGGCCCUUCUGCGCUCCCGCAGGGCCCCGCCGCAGCCAGUGUCCACCCAACCACACGGUGGCUAAUGCUUCCCUGUUCCUGCCUCACCGCCACCGCCUCUUCUUGACGUACCGCCACUGCCGCAACUUCUCCAUCUUGCUGGAGCCUUCGGGCUGUGCAGAGGACACCUUUCUGCUCCUGGCCAUCAAGUCGCAGCCUAGCCACGUGGAGCGGCGUGCAGCCAUCCGCAGCACCUGGGGCGGGGCAGGAAGCUGGGCUAAGGGCCAGCAGCUGAAGCUGGUGUUCCUCCUGGGGGUGGCGGGACCUGCGCCCCCAGCCCAGCUGCUGGCCUAUGAGAGUCGGGAGUUUGACGAUAUCCUACAGUGGGACUUUGCUGAGGACUUCUUCAACCUGACACUCAAGGAGCUGCACCUGCAGCGCUGGGUGGCGGCUGCCUGUCCCCAGGCCCGCUUCAUGCUAAAGGGAGAUGAUGAUGUCUUUGUGCAUGUCCCCAAUGUGCUGGAGUUCCUGGAUGGGUGGGACCCGGCCCAGGAUCUCCUGGUGGGAGAUGUCAUCCGCCAGGCCCUGCCCAACAGGAACACCAAAGUCAAAUAUUUCAUCCCACCUUCCAUGUAUAGGGCCCGCCGCUACCCGCCCUAUGCUGGGGGUGGAGGGUAUGUCAUGUCCAGAGCCACCGUGCAGCACCUCCAAGCGGCCGUGGAAGAGGCCGAACUCUUCCCCAUUGAUGACAUCUUUGUAGGUAUGUGCCUGAGAAAGCUGGGGGUGAGCCCCAUGCACCACGCAGGCUUCAAAAUGUUUGGAAUCCGGCGGCCCCUGGACCCUCUGGACCCCUGCCUGUACAGAGGGCUCCUCCUGGUGCACCGCCUCAGCCCCCUGGAGAUGUGGACCAUGUGGGCGCUGGUGACAGAUGAGGGGCUCAAGUGUGCACCUGCCCCCUUGCCCCAGCUUCGAGGGGUGGGUUGAGCGAGGGGACUUUAAUUUUCCAAUCAUGAUGAGAAACUGAGAACCUUGAAACUUGGCCCUCAAUGGUCUACAGGAAAUGCUGACUUCAUUUUUGUAACCCCCAGCAAACCCUGCUAACUUUGAUUAAAACAUUGAAACUGGC